AUUGUCAUAGACGGUAAUGAUUCAUCCGAGGAGAAUAGAAAUUCCAAAAGACGAGAAAGAAGAGUUCAUUGAUCCCACAGUGGUAGUGCACUUUGCUCCUUCGCAGGACCACUUCAGUUUGCAAAGAUGAAUUUCAGCCAGAACUUCAUGCCGGCGCUGGAACCCACGGGAUACGAGUGCGGCGCGCGCUUGGAAUCCUUCUACAAUUGGUAUGCUCAGGUGCAUGGCUGGGCAAGUCUAUUGGUAUGCAUAUUCGGCUCAAUUGCCAAUGUACUCAAUAUCGCCGUGCUAACGCGUCGUGAGAUGCAAUCGCCUACUAACAUGAUUCUCACUGGUCUCGCCGUGGCCGAUUUACUCGUGAUGAUCGAGUACAUUCCUUACGCGAUCCAUAUGUACCUGUAUCAACGGCCCCGCAGAGAUACCUUCACUUACGGUUGGAGCAUCUUCGUCCUGUUCCAUUCUAACUUCACACAAGUAUGUCAUACAAUCUCAAUUUGCCUGACGGUGACUCUAGCAGUCUGGAGAUAUAUUGCAGUAGCAUAUCCACAGAGGAAUCGCGAAUGGUGUAGUAACAAACGCACUUCCCUAAUGAUCGCCUUCGCUUAUGUGUCCUGCCCAAUACUUUGCAUACCGCUUUAUAUCAACACCGAAGUGAGACCGCAAAUGGAAAUAUUGGAUGAACGGGGAAUGAGCGUCAAUCUAACAAAACUCCAGCAGACGACCAACAGCACAGUCGUGUCUCUCGAAGGCAUGACUAACACCACCCUAUAUUUUGUGAAACUCACCGAGUCUCCAAUGAGCAAUGUUCUCAAGGACAUCAACGUUUGGAUCUAUAGCGUGGUAAUCAAACUGAUACCAUGUGUGGCAUUAACGGGAUUGAGUAUUAAACUAGUCAAGGUAUUGUUGGAGGCAAAACAGAGGCGAAAGAAACUUACUACGAAAAACAUAGCAAUCAAGAUGGGCAACGGCAAGGAGCACGCCUGCGAGAAAUCCAAGAAGAGAAGAAAGGGCAACGAUAAAGAAAGACAGACUGACAGGACUACGAUGAUGUUGUUAGCGGUGCUCCUGUUAUUCCUCUUCACGGAGAUGCCACAGGGCAUUUUAGGAUUACUCAGUGUUAUACUGGGCCCGAGUUUCUUCAACACGUGCUACGUGAUGUUAGGUGACGUGAUAGAUAUUCUGACACUUAUAAACUCGGCUAUCAACUUCAUCCUGUAUUGCGCCAUGAGUCGACAAUUCCGCACAACCUUCAAUCAGUUGUUCUGCAAGCGAUGGCGAUUAAUCGGCAGGUGGAUGGCAGUGCCGCAUCAACCGAUGGAGAACAACGGGCAUACCGGGACCAAUCACACGGUGACCCAGGUCACUCAAGUCUAGCGUCGAAGAAAUCGACGAACCUUUUGCUAUCCGGUAUAAAAAGCUCACUGAUUAACUUCCUUUUAGACACGUGUAUUGCAAGUCCACAAGAAUAGAAAGAGGAUAUUUUCUCCGCGAUUCUCCAUCCGCCGACAAUGGCGGCAAGUAAAGAAAGGUGAAAUUUAUUUGCUCGCUACUGCCACCGGUCUUAAUUGCAUCGUCGUUGCAAACUUUACAAUGCCCGCGGCGUCUUCGAGCGCCGGCUUCGCCAUUCAGGACA